AACAGUAAUAUUAUGGACAUAGUCUCUAUCUCUACUAGGCUAUAUAAAGCUUAGUGCAUAACCUUUGAGGUUUGAUCGUGCAUAAACAUUUACUGUAGUUGUAAUAGAGUCGUUCACACAAUACCCACUUUAAACCAGUCUAAUUUACUUUUGAGCAACGUCAUGUCUAAACUUUAUAGCAAUGAAAGCAAAUCUAACUUUAGUUUAGUUCCAGAAGAAGUCAAGAAUGUUAUUGAUUUGACACUCAAAAGAUUUGUCAGCAAUCCAAAUGCGAAAGAGCAUGAGUAUCCAUCUUCGUUUGAAUCCUGUGAGAGAGCAUAUGUGCAUGCCAAAGCUAAAGAACUAGGCUUGAAAUCAAAGAGUAGAGGGAAAGGCCUGACGAGGGCUGUAACGGUUUACAAACGGGAAGAAUCAACCAUUAUACAAGCAGACGCUCUCAUCUCAUUGGCCAGGUCUGCACGGCAGUCGGCUCUGUCACUCGUCACAUCAUUCCCAGUCGGGCCUAAAGAACGUCAGGAACUGUUGCCUAUAACUGAGCGUGACCGAUCUUUCCCCCCUGACACUUCAGUAUUGAUGUGUUCAGUGAGAGAAGCGUUCAAAAACCAGACUCGGCUUAACAAUGGUAUUCCGAGUGUUCCACCGACGCCUGCAGCCUCAGAACUGCAACAGAGCCGCAAGUCUCUUCCCAUCUGGCAGACCAAGGAUCAGCUGAUACAGAGCAUCAGCACUCACUCCGUUGUCAUAGUUGUGGGGGAAACUGGCUGUGGCAAGUCCACCCAGGUGCCUCAAUACAUCCUAGAACAUGCUGAGAAGACAGGUCGAGGCUGCAGAGUGAUAUGCAGCAUGCCUCGUCGCAUUUCCGCAGUAGCCAUUAGUGAGCGGGUCGCUGCGGAGAGGGGAGAACCUGUGGGCAGUGUGGUGGGCUACCAGGUCCACACAGACUGCAGGCUGUCCCCCCACACCGCCCUCAUGUACACUACGUACACAAUGCUACUGAGGACACUACUGAUAGGAGAUUCUCUGCUGGCCACCGUCACACACGUUAUCAUAGACGAGAUCCAUGAGAGGGACAGAGUCAGCGACUACAUGCUGAUCGUGCUGAGGGACGCGCUGGCCAAGUACCGAGGUCUCAAGCUGAUUCUCAUGUCUGCAACACUGGACGUCAACAUGUUCACCAAGUACUUCACCAACUGCCCUGUCAUCUCCGGAAACGCUUGUCCAAUCAUUACAGUUCCCGGAAGGCUCUAUGAAGUUCAAGAAUUUUUCCUUGAAGACAUUUUGAAAAAGACUGGGUACAUGACCAAAGACAUGGCUGUGAUGAAGAAGUUGUUAGAGAAAGUGAGAGAGAAGAAGACAGAUAUGGAAGCGUGGACGGCCUCAAUGGCAGGUGUGGCUCAACAAGGCGUCUCUCUCACUGCCACACCAAUCUUGGGACAAAACAACGUCGAACAGGUCGGCCAAGAGAAGACGGAGCUGGAUGGGUUUGUGAAGCAGGAGUUGGAGCGAUGUCUGGGCGUAGCUUGGGCAUCAGGCUCAGAACAAGCUUUCUCUCAGCUGUUGCAGCUCAUUGUAUCUGAGAACAUAUCUGUUGACUAUCAGCACUCGGAGACGGGAGUGACGGCUCUGAUGGCGGCCGCAGCCCGAGGUUCCCUGGACACAGCCGAGCUGUUGUUGGCGCUCGGUGCACGAGUGACUGUCAGAGCCUUCAGCUGUGACUCGAGUGCACUAGACUUAGCACUCUCCAACAACCAUCAGGACAUUGUAGACCUGCUCACUUCAUACAUGAUAUUCAAUGAGCAAGAACCACUUAAAUCGGACAUUGAAGCAGAGCUACCAGAAGAUUCAAAACUACUUGUAGAAACUUACGAGCGAUGUUGUGUUGAAGAUCAUGUAGACGUCGAUCUUAUUGUGCAUAUUUUACACAAUAUACAUGAAUCUGGGAAGAAAGGUGCAGUUUUGAUUUUUCUGCCGGCAUAUGAACAAAUUUUGACUGUAAGAGAAAAGAUACUAGCUGAUGAAAAGAAGUUCAACGAACAUGGCAAAGUUGUUGUGUUUAUAUUACACUCCAAAAUACAGGCCCAGGACCAGAAGAAGAUUUUCCAACCGGUUCCAACAGGUCAGAGGAAAGUGGUUUUGUCUACAAGUAUGGCAGAAACUAGCCUAACUAUUGAUGAUCUGGUCUUUGUUAUUGACUCUGGGAAAGUUAGAGAGAAACGAUACAACGCAGCUGCCAACAUGUACAUGACCCGAUGUGAGUGGGUGUCCAUGACCACAGUUAGGCAGAGGAGAGGUCGGGCGGGUCGAACCCAGCCGGGUGUGUGCUUCCACCUGUUCAGUAGCACUCGAUACCGUACACUCGCACCCGCACCCACACCCGCCAUACUGCGAGAGCCACUGCAGGAGUUGUGUCUGAACACCAAGUUGUUGGCUCCUCCCAACAGUCCGAUCGCUGACUUCUUAGCAAGAGCCAUUGAACCUCCGUCUCCAAUGGUCACUAGAAAUGCUGUACAACUACUCAAGACAAUGGAUGCCUUAGAUGCUUGGGAAGACUUGACGGACCUAGGCAGGUACCUGCUGGAGAUGCCUAUUUCCCCUCACUACGGCAAGAUGCUCAUUUUUUCAGUAUUACUCAAGUGUCUCGACCCUGUCUUAACUAUAACCUGUAUCCUAGCACAAGGAGAAAUAUUCAAAGUCCCAACAAAACCAGGGUCAAAAAGAAGCCUUGCGGCUGAACGUAAGAAGCUAGCAGAGAAUACAUUCAGUGAUCACAUGCUCUAUCUUCGCCUUUUUCAGGGCUGGCAACAAUCAAGGUGGAACAACAGUGAAAAGAUUUUCUGUGAGCGGCUGUGUGUGGACAGCGGCAGGUUGGAGCUGGUAACAGCGUACCGCGCGGAGGUGCUGUCAUGUCUACGUGCGCUCGGACUGGUCAAGAACAGAGGCAAUGGAGACAUACGAGACGUCAACAGCAACUCAGAGAACUGGGCGGUGGUGAAGGCAGCAUUGACUGGAGGACUUUACCCCAACCUUGCCAGAGUGGACAGAGAUCACAAUGUGCUACGGACACAGAAGGAACACAAGGUAGUGGUGGAACCGUGGUCUACUCUGAGAGAGCCGUGUAAGAGUGCUCGUACCAGUGUGGCAGACACACACACAGCCAUUGUGUGUGGACUCCCUACGGACUGGCUGAUCUACGAGGACCUCUGCAAGGUGGGUCGACUCAGUAUGGUCCAGACAGCCACAGUAGUUACUCCGGUCACUGUAGCUAUCUUUGCUGGGCCAACAAGGCUUCCACCAGACGCAGUGGAGGAUUCGGAACACCCAUCACUAGCCAGCACUAUCUGUGACAGUGACAGUGAGAAUGAGACAGAGGUGGUGCCUGAGGGCUGCAGUGCCAUGAUGAAGCUGGACGACUGGCUCGUGUUCCGCUCAGACAACGAGGCUGCGGCUCUGACAUACCAACUGAAACAGCGGUGGAACCUUCUGCUGCUCAAGCGACUCAAGUACCCCAACAAGCCUUGGACACAGACAGAUGAUGCUGUGGUCAACACUAUAGUCAGCAUCCUGAGUGCUGAAGAGCAGACAGCUGGGCUGGAGCAACCCCAAGGUGUGGGUCAGCGACCUCGGCCACUAAUGGUGGACUGUCACCCUCACAACUCUAUGUUCAGGCGACACCCUUUUGUCUACAUGAUGGAAGACUACGAGAACAACAGAGAUGUAAGGGACAAUGGUGAGGACAACAACACCUUCCUUUCUAACAUAGAGAACCAAGGAGCUCGGUUCAUAAACCAACAACACCGCUUCUCAGACUCAGGUCCGGGCAGAAACAACCAGGAUAUGGAUAGUAACACCAAAUACUUCAUGAUCAAGGCUGGCCACAUGAAGUCUAUUGAAGCAUCCGUCAACAGAGGUUUGUGGGCUUUCACACAUUACACAGAGAAGAAAAUCGUUGAUGCUCUGAAGGCUGGGAAGACAGUGAUUCUAGUGUUCUCGCUGCAACACACGCAACACUUCCAAGGUUACGCCAAGCUGAGAGGAGACAAGUACGAGGCUGCAGAUAGUUUCCCUGAGCAAGGCGCUGGGCUGAACGUGGUGCUGCCGGUGGAGUGGAUCAAACAAGGCAAUAUAUCCCACAACAACGCUCGCCACAUCUGCUCUUACAACGACAACAAACUGCAAAACAUUCGGGACGGCCAGGAGCUUGACCCCAGUGUUGGGGAAGCUUUGUGCAAACUUUGGGAAACUCCGAUGCCUCCCUGGCCGAUGCAUAUGAACCAUCAGAACGGCUUCCCCGGCCGACCAAUCAGAGGCCGUCCUCACUACAACCCUCACUACUAUCGCAAGUGAACAUCCUUAUGAGCUUUGUCACACAGGGUAUGGUAGAGUUACUCAAAAAAGUAUUAUCAGAAGUACUUAUAUAGGUUAACUGUAUUAUUCUUUAGUAGGAAUUACUUGCUCAUUUUUAUAUCUGGUUAACCUGUAGGGUGUGUUUGGCUGUUUUAAUAGCCUUAUGGGUAAUGAUUUUUUGUACCUAGACUAUGAAUUUCCAUUUACUCAAGGAUACCUUUAAGUUUUAUUUUGGGUUUUAAUAAAUCCAACAAAAAGUUUAUUGUUAAAUAUACUAAUGUUUUAAUGUUUUUUUAGUAUUAUUAAAGAUAUUUUAUGUUAUGAAAUCAAAGAAAAUGUAUUGGUUUUUAAAGAAGUAUUAAACUAAUCAAUUAAUCAUUGAAUUUUUUUGUUGAACAACGAUAAGUUUUUACCCAGUGUUUAGAAUCUGUUAUUUGUUAAACAUUUCAAUAUAAUUAGAGGUUUUAAAAUUUAAUCUAUGUGUUUUAAAGUAAUUAACCACAUUUGAUUGUAUUCUAAGUGUAGCAUUCUUAAUAUUACUUAUCAUUGACACUCUAGCGUUUUAAAGUCUAAUUUAAGCUGUUAAAGACUGACUAUUUAUAAAUAAGUUAAUAUAUCACCUAUCAUAAUAUAAUAUAAAUUGUCUUCU